AUGGAGACAAGUGAUUAUCAAGAUAACUUUUGUACAGAGCAUAGUAAAACCAAUGGAGUAAAUGCAUUUCUACAUCAUGUAAAGGAGUAUAAGAGGAGUGUGUGUGGUACCGCGGAGGAGUGUUAUUCUCCAGUUCGUGAAACCAACAUAGCCCAAGAGAAGGAUCAAGGAGAUAGUUCAGGGAGUGCAGAUGGGUAUAUGGAGGAGUGUAAUUCUCCAGGCCAUGAACCUAUUGUAGCCCUGGAUGAAGGACAUGGAGUAUUCAAAGCAAGGAUACCCAUAGCAAGAUUUAGGAAUGCAGUGGAUGAUGAAGACUCCGGUGACGUAGGAGGAUUCAGAUGUACGGAGUGUUCCAAAUGUUUGACAUGUAAAACAUCCAGCAAGAGGACUGCAAUAUCUUUGAGAGAAGCGAGGGAACAGCGGCUCAUAGAAGAUAGUGUUGGGAUUGAUAUUUUCCAGAAGAGAGUUACUGUAAAUUAUCCAUUCUUGAAGGAUCCAGUGGUUUUCUUAUCAACGGCUCACAAAGGUUCAAGUAACUACUCUCAAGCGUUGAAAGUUUAUAAAACACAAUGCAGGAAAUCGGAGCAGGUCAAGGACGGGAUGAGGAUUGUCCAUGAAGAUCUUGUGGAGAAGGGGUUUAUGGUGAGAAUAGACGACCUCGAAGAAUGCAAGAAGACGAUGAUAUUAGAUGCUCCUUUUAAACAUUUCAAUCCAUGGAGGCUGGUGAUGAAGAUGGAUUCGGUGACUACUCCAAUCCGAAUGGUAGUGGAUCCAUCAAUGACUAGGUUUAAUGAGAUAUUAGCAAAGGGAGAAAACAGGAUUGGAUUGAUUUUUAAUAUUAUGAUCAGAUGCAGAUGCUCAGAGUAUAUUUGGAGUUCUGAUAUCAGUAAAUUAUACAAUCAACUAUACCUGGAUGAUGCUUCAUUACCUUAUUCUUUGUUCUUAUACGGGAAGGAUUUGGAUCAAGAGAAAGAGCCAGAGAUAUGGGUGAUGGUCAGAGCCUGGUACGGUAUUGUGAGCACCGGGGGCCAGGCGGGGUUCGCUCUGGAUAAAUUGGCGGAGAUGUUUGGAGAAAGAUAUCCAAGUGCUUAUAAAACCCUGAGAGAAAACAGAUAUGUGGAUGACAUAUUAUCAGGAGAAGAUUCAAAGGAGAAAAGAGAAGAACAGAUUGAAGCAGUACAGGAGAUUCUGAAGAGAGGGGGUUUUUCGUUGAAAUUCAUCGUGAAAAGUGGAGAAAAACCAUCGGAGAAAGCAAGUACAGACGGAGAAACUAUGAAAUUAUUGGGUUAUAAGUGGGACCCUGAGAAGGAUGAACUAUCACCUGGUCUUGGAGAACUAAACCUAAACAAGAAACUACGUGGAGAACGCAAACCUAAUGAGAAACCAGUGAAAACCAUCCAGGAUGCAGAGAAACUAUUAACAAGUACGAAGCUGACCAGGAGUCUGAUAGUAGGAAAGAUUUCAGAACUGUAUGAUCCAUGCGGGUUUUUUGAACCUGUAAAACUACAGAUGAAACUGAAAACAAGUUCUCUGAAUGGGAAGGAAUGGGACGAAGUGCUACCUGAGCAGGAUCAAGAGACCUGGAGACAAAUCCUCAAGGAGUAUGUAAACCUUCCGAGUAUAGUAAUACCGAGAUUCUGCCUACCAAGUAAGAAUGUGUCAAAGUCAAAAAUAAGAUUAAUUUGUCUAGCGGAUGCGGCGGAAUUUGCAGGGGGGGCGGCAAUCUAUGCAGGGAGGGAAACCAGCCCUGGCAGAUGGUCGUGCUCCCUCCUAGCCGCGAAAUCCAAGAUGAUGAAGGAGACAAUACCAAGGAAUGAAUUAUCUGCUAUACUACUGUGUGCAGAAUUGGCAUUUAUGGUGAAAUCUGCUCUAGGUUCAGAAGUAGGAGAGAUAAUUUAUGUAACUGAUUCAACUAUUGCACUGAGCUGGUGCAGCAGUGAAUCUAUCAAGCUGAGGUUAUUUGUGUACAACAGAGUGAUGACAAUUCUGAGGUUGUUUGAAUGGACGGCAGGUUCCAAAGAUAAUGUGUUGUAUCAUAUAGAUAGUUCAUUAAAUCAAGCAGAUCUCCUGACAAAGGAGCACGAGGUUGGAGUAAGUACAGUAUCAAGGGGUUCUGAAUGGAUAGAGGGGAUGCAUUGGAUGACACUAGAUAAGAGAGAGAUGCCUUUAACUUCAUACAAUAGUUUAAGCCUGGAUAAGAGGAUGAAGGAGAAGGUUCAGAUUGAGUGUUUUCCAGAGUCAUUCUUGAAGGAUCUAUCACUAAACUCACAAGAGACGAAGGAUGAUACAGAUGAACCACCAACAGUAGAUCAUGCUUUUUCUGUUCUUGCGGCCAAAGGGGGUAGGGGUGUAGCCGAGCUACUAGUUGACCCUGUAUACCACGGAUGGAUGAAAGCCUUGAGAUUGACAGGAUAUAUGCAAGGAUGGAGGACCAAGUUCUGUCAUAACCGUCAUCUCAUACCGGAUCAAGACUGCAGAAUCUGCAAAUUAGGUGAACAUAGAUGGGAUCCAAGAAAUGAAACAGAGAAAGCAGAGAAGUAUUUUUUCCAGUGGGAAUCAGAAAGAGUGAAGAAGGUGUUGAAACCAACAGAGUUGAACAGGUUCAAAGAAGAAGAGGGGAUAGUGUAUGAUGAAGGGAGAUUAUCUCCAGAAUUCCAAUUCAAGACACAAGAUUUGGAUAGAGUAGGUUACUUGGACAAGCAGCUGAUUAUAGGUAGGGUUCCUGUAGUUCUCCCUGAUUCUCCGAUAUUGUAUGCAUACCUCAUGUUUGUUCAUACCAAGACAAGAAAUCAUGCAUCAUUAGAGGCAACAGUCAAGGAAAUUUAUAUGAAAAUGAGAGUAAUGAAGGGGUUGAGAUGGCUGAUCAAGAGAGUGAUUGCUGAUUGUGUGAAAUGCAGGCUGAUAGAAAAGAAGACAAUCAUACCCUCAAUGCUUUUUCCAUGA